AUGUCUAUCUUCUACAGACUCUUCAUAUGUAACCUUAAACGCGCUAUCAAGGUCCACGACGUACAGAGACUCAAGAAGACGUGGUUGGCCUCUCUCAGUUCUAAAUCAACGGACCAUGUGGGACUGACCUCAAAUGGGCUGGGCCGAGCUGACGGGCUUGAGGCUCAUUUGCCAUCUUUAGCACUGGGUGCCUCUCCACUUCUAGAGGUCUCUAGUGGUGUUGUAGAUGCGAUUUUUACAUCCAUAUAUUGUCCAUCAUUGUCCAAAAUAGUUAUGGAUUCCCACAAACCCUCUAUCAAUGCCUUCUAUGACAGCGCACCCACUAGUCCAACUAGAAGCUUCAACAAUACUUGGUUCUAUAGCUUGCCUUCAAGUCCAACCAGAGGUGGAUCAAAAGCUAUCUAUAAUGUUCAAACAGAGCCAAGAAUUCCAGGAGCUUAUUUUGAAGAUGUGAGUUCCGAUUUCGAUGAAUUCGAAUUCGAAACUUGUCUUCGAGUUGGUCUCGACGAAGACAGAGAAGAUUCAUUGGAUGAUCAUCAUCAGCAAGGUAAGGUAAGGAGACAACAAGGAGGGUCACUUCCUGCUAUGGCUUUUGCUGAUGAGUUGUUUUGUGGAGGGAAAGUCUUGCCACUAAAACCCCCUCCCCGUCUUCAAUACCCAAACGGCAACGUUUCAUGGAAGAACCCAACAUCUCCCAAGUCCUUCAAUUCAAUAAUCAAAUUUGGGAGCUUGUGGAAUGAUGAUUUCGAUCCAUUCAUGGCAGCAUUAGAGAACGUGAAGGAAGAAAAAAGUGGGAAAUCGGAACAAAAGAAUUAUAGACGGGCCCAGUCCCUGCCACCUAUUUUGCCCACUACGCCAGAACAUCCCAAUGGGCCUGUUUGUGGGCUAAAACUGGCUGAGCCCAAAGGAGUGGUGUAUGCAAGACACGCCAGACAGCUCGCAAAGGCGGAAGCAGAUGAGAGGCCCAGCAGGCCCACUAUUGAAAAAGGUGGCAAACAGAGUAAGAAGAAGAAAAUCAUGAAAUUGAUAAAAAGGAAUUUAUCGAUGGCAAAAACAAGUGAUGAGGAGAAAGAUGCAGCAGCAGCAGCUGCAGGAAAAAAGUCAACAAAACCAAAAUUGAGUAACAAAUUUAGGUCUGAUGAGCCAAUGGGAUUGAUGAAGUACAAUGAGGACAAGAGGAAGUCAGAUCAUGAUAUGACCAGGAUGGCAAUUGUACAGUGGAGGCCCAAGUUAUUCUCGUGCAUGGGCUAUGCACCAAAGUAUGUGGACUAAAUAGGCCAUAUUCUUCAUUUUUAUUACUUUAAUAGUUCAUACUUACCAUGUUGGUGAUAUUUGAAGUUUCUUUUUUAUUUUAUAUAAUA